UAUGCGAAACUCAAUCAAACGGGUCACCAUAGCAAAUGGCUGCGCCCACAUUCAACGUGUUCGUUGGAUCUGAAACGGGCCUUUUGAAGGGAAUCAACACGGUCAAAGAGUAUUGGACAAAUUUAAACACUGUGGCAACACCAGAAAAAUCGAACGAAAUAAGGUCUCUGACAUGGGUUGGUGAACAUGAAUCAGAGAUCUGUGUUGGGUUGCGAAAUAAACGAAUCGCCACAGUAAAAUUAAUAGACAACAGCUUUUCUGAGUUCACACAGUUCGAACAAGGCAACGGGGACUUGAGGACAGCGUUUUACGAUCGUAGCGCCACAGUGCUUGCGCUGGAAUCGGGUGUGGUAAACGUUUGGAAAGAUGGUGAACUUAUUCAGGAUAUAAACACUGGGUCAAAUCUGACAUGCAUGGUUCGUGAACCUGCACAACCAGACACAUUCAGCACUGGGGGCAGAGAAGCUGACUUGAAACUAUGGGAUCUCAAUAAACCAGAACAACCGGUGUUUCUGGCCAAAAAUGUCAAGAAUGACUGGCUGAAUCUGAGAGUGCCUAUUUGGAUAACAGGAAUUGGAUUCCUUGGGGACAGGAAAAUAGUUACAUGUACAGGUUAUCAUCAAGUGAGAGUGUAUGAUCCUCAAAGCCAGAGGCGACCAGUCCUGGACAUGAGCUGGGAGGAGUAUCCAAUAACUGCCAUGUCUUUGUACAGAGACAACCAGGUCGUUGUUGGCAACACUCAUGGCUCCAUGGCACUGCUUGAUAUACGGACAGGAAAACUAGUGCACAAUUUCAAGGGUUUUGCUGGAUCAAUCCGGUCUAUACAAUGUCAUGGUUCCCAGCCUGUAGUUGCUUCUUGUGGACUUGAUCGUUUCUUCCGAGUGCAUGACAUUAAUUCAAGGGAGCUUAUUCAUAAGAAGUACUUAAAAUCACGUCUGAAUUGCAUGUUAAUGACCGGCAUGAGGUGGCAAGAUUUGGACUCUGAAUCGGCAGUAGAGCAAAUCUCUACUGAACAAAAUAUAGGUACUGUUGAGCAGACUCCUGAGGGAAAGGCCACAGAGGAUAACGAAGAUGAAAUUUGGAACCAAAUGGAAAUUGUGAAAACAAAAACAAUUAAAAGAAAGGAUGUUAUUGCAGAUAAAGAUUCUGUAAAAGGAAAAAAGCUGAAAAUGAAAAAGAAAUGAUUUGUUUGUUAAAACUGCUACUAAUAGCACAUUGAAUAGAUUGAAUGUUUCCUCAGAAUGUAUGGUAUAGAAAUAACAGAACCAACAUAAUGGUACAUGUAAAAUCUUGAGUGACUGUUGACAUUUUGAAAAUUUAACUUACUUCUGUUUCUGUUUGUUCAAAAACAUUUAUGGUACCAAAUUUAAUUCCCUUAUUCAGUAUCAAACUUGAUGUAUUUGCCUCUGUCUAUGGAAAUAUAAUCGAAAUAAAUAGUAUAAUAUUUCAA